AUGAAGAUAUACUACAUUGGGGUGUUCCGUAGCGGUGGCGAAAAGGCCUUGGAAUUGAGCGAAGUGAAAGACCUAUCGCAGUUUGGGUUCUUUGAAAGAGGGAGUGUGGGCCAAUUUAUGACCUUUUUUGCUGAAACAGUAGCCAGUAGGACUAGUGGAGGUCAAAGGCAGAGUGUCGAAGAAGGAAACUACAUUGGACAUGUGUACUGUCGUUCAGAGGGCCUCUGUGGUGUGCUCAUCACCGAUAAGGAAUAUCCAGUGAGACCUGCAUAUACGUUGUUGAACAAGAUAUUAGAUGAAUAUAUGAUCGCACACCCUGUGAGUGACUGGAAGAACGUAAGCGAGACCAAUGCUUCGUUGCAUAUGAAAGAAUUGGAGAUGUACAUUAGGAAAUACCAGGACCCAUCGCAAGCCGACGCAAUUAUGAAAGUCCAACAGGAAUUGGACGAAACAAAGAUUGUGCUACAUAAGACCAUUGAGAACGUUUUGCAAAGAGGAGAGAAACUAGAUAAUUUGGUCGAUAAGUCGGAAUCUUUGACCGCGAGUUCCAAGAUGUUUUACAAGCAGGCCAAGAAAACAAACUCGUGUUGCAUAAUUAUGUAA